CGCGCCUGGGGCAGAGUAUCCACUGUCAUGGGCGCCGCAGGCUCCCGCGCACUCUCCCGCCUCGGCCUCCCCGCACCCUCGCGGCCCGCGUGGCUCGGUGUCGCCGCGCUGGGGCUGGCGGCGGUGGCGCUGGGGGCAGUGGCCUGGCGCGCGCGACCCGGGCGACGGCGGCGGAAGCAGGUGGGCACUGUGGCGCAGCUCUGGGUCUACCCGAUCAAGUCGUGCAAGGGAGUGGCGGUGCCCGAGGCCGAGGUGACGGCGCUGGGGCUGCGCGUGGGACACCUGCGCGACAGGUUCUGGCUGGUGAUCAACGAGGAGGAGAACAUGGUCACUGCACGGCAGGAGCCCCGCAUGGUCCUCAUUUCUCUGACCUGUGACGGCAAGACCCUGACUCUCAGCGGGGCCUACACCGAGGACCUGCUGCUGCCCAUUGAGGCCCCCGCCACCAACCCAGUGCGCACGUGCAGGGUGCAUGGCCUGGAGGUGCAGGGCCGGGACUGCGGCGAGGAGGCUGCGCGGUGGAUAACCAGCUUCCUGCAGUCGCAGCCCUAUCGCCUGGUGCAGUUCGAGCCCCACAUGCAGCCCCGGAGCUCUCAGCAAAUCAGGGCCGCCUUUGGGCCUUCGGACCAGGUCGCCUACUCGGAUGCCAGCCCAUUCCUGGUCCUUUCUGAGGCCUCUCUGGUGGAUCUGAACUCCAGGCUGGCGAAGAAAGUGAAAGCAUCUAACUUCCGGCCCAACAUUGUCGUCUCCGGAUGCAGCGCCUUUGCAGAGGACUCCUGGGACGAGGUCCUGGUUGGGGAUGUGCGGCUGAGAAGAGUGAUGGCCUGCUCCAGGUGUAUCCUCACCACUGUGGACCCAGACACGGGCGUCAUGAACAGAAAGGAACCACUGGAGACCCUGAGGAGUUACCGCCAGUGUGACCCUUCGGAAAAGAAGCUAUACGGACAGUUACCGCUCUUUGGACAGUACUUUGCUCUGCAAAAUCCAGGGACAAUCAGAGUGGGCAAUGCCGUAUAUUUGAUGAGCCAGUAAUAUCAGAUGUCUUCCUAAUGUCCUAAAAGAUGACCAUGUCCAGUAUCCACAAUUAAGGAAAAGUUUAGUUCGGCCCACAGCUCCAAGAGAUUCAGUUCAUAGCAGUCAAAUCUAUGUCUGCUUUGUAUCUUCAGAUCUUCAAUUUCUGUGCUUUUUCUAGGGAUGAUUAAAUUAGAGCUAGGUGAGACAGAUGAGGCUUCCUGGGUGGUGUGGUUUAGAUCUGAAAUGUCCAUCACAAGUCUCCAGUGGGCAGAAGGCAGCUGGAUGAUGGGGGAUGGUGAGCAUAGUGUACUCAUCCAUUGAUGAAUCCCUGGUAAUUUCUUAACGCAGUUGGGUGGAUGGAUCGUGGUUAACCAGCACAAUUUACCCCUCUCACCUUGACAGGCAGACAUUCCCUUCAAUCAUCCUUAACUUCUAAGUAGAAACAAUAGUGAGCUCAUAGUUAUGCUUGACAUGCUACAGCUACCACGCACGCAACCAAAAAUGUAGUGAUCGCCUCCCCAAAGACCCAAAAGCGUCAAAAUUUUUCAAGAGCUCAAGUCCAAGUCUUUUCUGAGACUCAAGACACAUUCUUAGCUGGAAACUGUAAAAUAAAGAAAUAAAAAUUGUAUAAUUGUAAAUCAC